CUACAAUCAAUGGUCAACAACAAUCAGAUAUUUUUUUAAAUAGUUUAAAUAAGUCAUAUGUUAUAAUCAAGUUCAAAAGAAAUUUAAAACAACUUAAGACUUCGGACUUCUUUAAAUAUUUGGUGAUUUUACUACAGACGUUCAUAUCGACAAGAAUAAAAAAAAAUAGACGACCGCCGGAAGAAGCCUGGAACGUUCUAGAUCCAGCUGAUCCUUUAAAUUCGCGGGCUAGAGCGCCGGAUAGUCAUUCGAAUCUUGAUUUUUGUGGGCGAAGGUGCUCUGAGCGAUUUACUAUUUUUGUCUGUAGUGUUCUGUGAAGUUAGGAGUUCACAUCAAAUUUGAAAAGAUGCCUGAAGACGUGGAAAUGGCUGAUGUGGAGACCUUUGCCUUCCAGGCAGAGAUCGCUCAGCUUAUGUCUCUGAUUAUUAACACCUUUUAUUCUAAUAAAGAAAUAUUCCUCAGAGAAUUGAUCUCCAACUCAUCAGAUGCAUUAGAUAAAAUCAGAUAUGAAUCCCUCACUGAUCCAUCAAGACUUGAAAGUGGAAAGGAACUUUACAUUAAGAUAAUACCAAACAAAAAUGACCGCACACUCACCAUAAUUGACACCGGUAUUGGUAUGACCAAAGCUGACUUAGUCAACAACUUGGGAACUAUAGCCAAGUCAGGAACAAAAGCCUUUAUGGAAGCUCUUCAAGCUGGUGCAGAUAUUUCUAUGAUUGGUCAGUUUGGUGUGGGCUUUUACUCAGCUUAUCUUGUAGCUGACAGAGUAACUGUUUGUUCGAAACAUAAUGAUGAUGAACAAUAUUUAUGGGAGUCUUCAGCUGGUGGCAGUUUUACUGUCAGGCCUGAUCCUGGUGAACCAUUAGGCAGAGGAACCAAAAUUGUUCUCUUUGUUAAAGAAGAUCAGGCUGAAUUCUUAGAAGAGAGAAAGAUUAAAGAAAUCGUUAAAAAACAUUCCCAGUUUAUUGGCUACCCAAUUAAAUUGCUGGUUGAAAAAGAAAGAGAUAAGGAAAUCAGUGAUGAUGAAGCUGAAGAAGAGAAAGGAGAAGGGGACAAGAAGGAAGAGGAUGGUGAUCAGCCAAAGAUUGAAGAUGUUGGUGAAGAUGAAGAAGAAGACAAGGAAGAUAAGGAUAAGAAAAAGAAGAAAAAGACUGUUAAAGAAAAAUAUACUGAAGAUGAAGAAUUAAAUAAGACCAAACCUAUCUGGACCAGGAAUCCUGAUGACAUAACAGCUGAGGAAUAUGGUGAAUUCUACAAAUCUCUCACCAAUGAUUGGGAAGAUCAUCUUUCAGUAAAACAUUUUUCAGUGGAAGGUCAACUUGAAUUCAGAGCUCUCUUGUUCAUCCCUAGGAGAGCACCUUUUGAUUUGUUUGAGAAUAAAAAGAGGAAAAACAACAUCAAGUUAUACGUCAGACGUGUAUUUAUUAUGGACAAUUGUGAAGAUCUUAUUCCUGAGUAUCUGAACUUCAUUAAGGGUGUUGUAGAUUCUGAGGAUCUUCCUCUCAAUAUUUCUCGUGAAAUGUUACAACAGAACAAAAUUCUUAAAGUCAUCAGGAAGAACUUAGUCAAGAAAUGCUUAGAACUGUUUGAAGAACUAACUGAAGACAAAGAAACCUAUAAAAAGUUCUAUGAACAGUUCAGCAAGAACUUGAAAUUAGGUAUUCAUGAAGAUAGCACUAACAGAAAGAAACUAUCAGAAUUGUUAAGAUAUCACACUUCUGCAUCUGGAGAUGAAUCCUGUUCGCUUAAAGACUAUGUUGCCAGGAUGAAAGAUAAUCAAAAGCAUAUCUACUAUAUCACUGGUGAAAAUAAGGACCAGGUUGCCAAUUCAGCAUUUGUUGAGAGGGUCAAGAGGCGAGGAUUUGAAGUAGUAUACAUGACAGAACCAAUUGAUGAAUAUGUUGUUCAGCAAAUGAAAGAAUAUGAUGGCAAACAGCUCGUAUCUGUCACCAAAGAAGGUCUUGAACUUCCUGAAGAUGAAGAAGAACAGAAAAAGAGGGAAGAAGACAAGGCCAAAUAUGAAAGUUUGUGUAAAGUCAUGAAGGACAUCUUAGACAAGAAAGUCGAAAAAGUAGUGGUCAGUAACAGGCUGGUUGACUCUCCAUGUUGUAUUGUUACAUCACAAUACGGUUGGACCGCCAACAUGGAAAGAAUAAUGAAGGCACAAGCUUUAAGAGAUACUUCAACUAUGGGUUAUAUGGCUGCUAAGAAACAUCUAGAAAUCAACCCUGAUCAUUCUAUUAUUGAUACAUUAAGGCAGAAAGCAGAAGCUGAUAAGAAUGACAAAGCUGUUAAGGAUCUAGUCAUCCUUCUUUUUGAAACUUCUCUACUUUCUUCUGGUUUCACCCUUGAAGAACCUCAGGUUCAUGCCAGUAGGAUUUAUAGGAUGAUCAAGCUUGGCUUGGGAAUUGAUGAAGAUGAAAUCAUUGCCAUCGAAGAAGAAUCUGAACCAGUUGAGAUGCCACCAUUAGAGGGCAGUGUAGAGGAUGCUUCAAGGAUGGAGGAAGUUGAUUAAAAAUAUUGUUUCUUUCUUUCCUUUUCUCUUAGACUGAUGUAAAUUCUUUUUCCUCUUUUAAUUGUGUUCAUUCCAAUUCCAAAUUGUGAUAUAUUUAUUAUUAAAUAUAAGUCACUGUUAAUAAGUGUUUGUACAUUGUGUGUAUAAACUUUAUAUAGUGUUGUAUUUAUACCUAUUAUUUUCGUUUUUUUACUUUCUAGUCUUUAAGCCAUUAAAAAUAAAGUCUAUUUUUAAAAUUA